AUGGCUUACAGUCACACCGUAUUCCUUUUUUGGAUUUUAACCUUUUGCUUUGGUGAGGUCCUGUCCUGGGACGCAGUGGUGGUAAAGAGCUCAGUGUUUGCCCGCUCCGGCUCCUCAGCUGAGCUUUCCUGCCAUUACAGCACCCAUGUCUCUGAGGGUUUCACUCUGGAGUGGCGUUACGCCGCCCCAGGAACCCCUGCCGUCCAAGCGAAAAGGGUAAUGUACUACAAUGGGAAACUCUACUGGGUGAACUCAUGGGAAAGCAGAAUGGCUUUAGUCCAGAACCCACCAGUUGCCAAAGAUGCUUCUGUGAAGUUCUUUAACGUCCAGCCUGAUGACAGUGGACUAUAUAUAUGUGACAUUACAAAUCCAAACGACUGGUCUGGAAGUGGACAGGGUCUGAUCAACCUGACUGUACUAGUGCCUCCAUCUGUGCCUGCUUGUCAGCUAAGUGGCAACACCUAUGUGGGGAAUGACAUCACUCUUACAUGUCAAAGCUCCCAGGGAGUUCCUUUACCCAUCUAUUCCUGGAGCAGAGAAAAGGACACAGCACCUCUGCCCCCCAACAACAUUGUGGAAGAUCAGCGUACUGGCUCUCUUCAUUUGUUUAACUUAUCUGUUGCCUUUACUGGGACAUACACUUGCACAGCGUCCAAUGAUCUGGGUCAAGCCGCAUGCAGCAUAUCUGUAAAAGUGGCCAAUAGCAACAGCGCAGCAGUGGUGGGUUGGGUGCUGAUGGGAGUGUUUCUUGUCGUCCUGCUGAUCGCAGCUGUGGCCGCGUCUGUCUUCUGCUACAGGAAGAGGGCUCACCGCAGCACAAAGAACAUCAGUGAGACGAAUUUAAGUCCUUUAGGAAGGUCCCAGUCGAAGGGUCCUCUGCUUUCUGCUCACUUCGAGGGUGAUCAGUCUCCACAGCUUCGAGUCUCCCACUUCAGUCCUCUGGUAUAA